CCAAUCGAAUCGAUCCACGAAAAAGCAUUUAUAGUCAACGCAAGAAUAAAUUGCUAGAAGAAAAUAAGUUUGCUUUCAGUUGCUUUCUCAGUAUUUUGUUAAGUAUAAACUAAUAAAUAAAUACCAUCAAAAACUUUUAUUUAAGAAAUACCGAAUAGUUUAUUUUUGCUUCAAUAAAUAAACCAUGAUACGAUAUAUUUUUGGUUUAGUAUGUCUUAUUGUGAGUGCGAAUUGUCUGUACUCAUCAACUUCAAAUGUUGUGGAUUUGACACCUGAAAAUUUUGAUAAACUUGUGAUAAAUAGCGAUCAUAUAUGGGUGGUUGAAUUUUAUGCACCCUGGUGCGGACAUUGUAAGAAUUUGAAGCCUGAAUAUGAGAAAGCUGCUACUGCACUCAAGGGAGUUAUAAAAGUUGGAGCAGUGAAUGCAGACGUACAUAAAUCAUUAGGAUCUAGGUUUGGAAUUGAAGGCUUCCCAACAAUAAAAAUCUUUGGACAGAAUAAAUAUAAGCCGGAAAAUUUUAAUGGGCAGAGAACAGCUGAUGGAAUUGUUACAGAAGCUCUGAAAGUAGCCACCAAGAAAGUGCGAGCUUCUUUGGGUGGAAAAUCAAGUGAAUCAGAUCAUAAGUCGACGGAUUCUGAUGAUGUAAUCACAUUAACUGACGAUAACUUUGAUAAGCUUGUAAUGGGCUCUGAAGAUAUGUGGUUAGUAGAAUUCUAUGCACCUUGGUGUGGCCACUGUAAAAACCUUGCACCUCAUUGGGCUAAAGCAGCUACUGAAUUAAAAGGAAAAGUCAAAUUAGGAGCUCUUGAUGCAACAGUCAACACUGUUAAAGCAUCUCAGUACGAAAUUCGAGGCUAUCCAACAAUUAAAUUCUUCGCUCCAGGCAAAAAAGACUCUGACUCUGUUGCUGAAUAUGAUGGAGGUCGUACUUCGACUGAUAUUGUUAAUUGGGCUUUGGAAAAGCUUGCAGAAAAUAUUCCUGCUCCAGAAGUAAUAGAGCUUAUAAGUGAAGCAUCCAUGAAGGAAGCUUGCGAUGAUAGACCAUUAUGUGUCAUUUCUAUUUUGCCUCACAUUCUUGAUUGCCAAUCUAAAUGUAGAAAUGGAUAUUUGGAGCUCUUGAAGAACAUGGCUGAAAAAUAUAAGAAGAAGAUGUGGGGAUGGCUUUGGGCUGAAGCAGGAUCACAACCAGCUGUAGAACAAGCUUUAGAAAUUGGAGGCUUUGGUUAUCCAGCUCUGGCUGUAGUGAACGUCAAAAAAAUGAAGUAUUCCUUAUUAAGAGGUAGCUUUUCCAAAGAUGGUAUUGACUCAUUCUUAAGAGACCUUAGUUAUGGUAGAGGAGGCACCGCUCCAUUGAGAGGUGCGGCUCUUCCUAAAAUAGUAGAUAUCUCGCCUUGGGAUGGUGAAGAUGCCGAACUUCCUCAAGAUGAAGACAUUGAUCUCAGUGAUAUUGACUUAAAUGAAAAAGAUGAGCUCUAAGCAAUUUAGUGUUUAUUACUAUUCAUUAAAAGUGAUAACAAAACAUAGUCAGAACCGCGAGAUCAUGGUUCACUUUCUUCAAUUAAAUCUCAAUGAACAUUCUAAAUAAAUUCACAUUCUGUUGAUUCUUCCACAUUAACUAUCAACAUAUUACUGAAUCAUCUAUAAUUUUUCUACUUAUCGAAACAGAUGUAAAUGUAAAUAGAUAUUAAGACAUUUUAAUAUAAGAAAAAAUAUUUCCAUGUAGAAAGUAUGCCACUGAAUGAAAAAUCUUUAAAAGAUUAGAGAAUCCUGAAUAGAAUAAUUUUUAAUUGUUUUCAUAAUAAAAAAAAAUAGUAAAAUCAACAAAAUGAUUAUUU